AUGGAUUUUCAAGUUGUAGUCCUUGCUGGUGGCACUUCUAAAAAAUUACUUCCUCUCGUCUCCAAGGAAGUGCCAAAAGCUUUGCUUCCGGUGGCGAACCGGCCGGUUCUUUCUUACGUGUUGGAGCAAUUGGAAGUCAGUAAUCUUAAGGAUCUUAUUGUGGUUGUUGAAGGGGAAGAUGCAGCUUUUCAUGUUGGUGGUUGGAUAUCAAAUGCCUACGUUGAUCGUUUACAUGUAGAGGUUGCUGUAGUUCCUGAGGAUGUUGGAACUGCUGGUGCUCUUCGGGCCAUUGCUCACCACUUGACUGCAAAUGACAUUUUGGUUGUGAGUGGUGAUCUUGUUUCUGAUGUUCCUCCUGGUGCACUUGCAGCUGCUCAUAGACAGCAUGAUGCAGUGGUGACUACAAUGCUUUGCUCUGCUCCUGUCAGUGGACCUACAGAGUCAGGAUCUUCAGGUGGAAAAGAUAAAAUCAAGAAACCAAGACGCUACAACGUAAUCGGGUUGGACCCCUCAAAGCAGUUUUUAUUACACAUAGCAACAGGAGCUGAAAUUGAGAAAGAUAUUCGAAUCCAGAAGAGCAUUCUUCGUGCAGUAGGUCAGAUGGAAAUACGAGCUGAUCUCAUGGAUGCUCAUAUGUAUGCAUUCAAGAGGACUGUUUUGCAAGAAGUUUUGGAUGAAAAGGAUAGAUGUCAAAGCUUACAAGAGGACGUGCUGCCUUAUCUUGUCCAGAGUCAGCUGAAAUCAGAGGUAUUACUUAAUGGUGUACUACAAGCAGAAGAAAAUAGAAAUGAGAAGAUUAGUUCCCAAACCAACCAAGCGGUGGUAUCUCGAAUAUUGGCUAAUGCAUCUACUCCGAGCUUCCAUGAACUUUAUGCCUCAGGAAACAGUGGUUCUACUCCUGUUCGAAGAAUCCAUAAAUGCUGUGUUUAUAUUGCCAGCGAGAGCAGAUACUGUCAACGCUUAAAUUCUAUUCAAGCAUUCAGUGAUAUAAAUCGAGAUGUCGUAGGUGAUGCCAGUCAUCUGUCAGGCUAUUCCUUCUCUGCUCAUAACAACAUCAUCCAUCCUUCUGCACAGCUUGGAUCAAGAACUACUGUGGGGCCUCAUUGUAUGCUAUGGGAAGGUUCACAGAUGGGUGACAAGUGUAGUGUCAAGCGAUCUGUUAUUGGCCGUCACUGCCGGAUAGGUUCCAAUGUGAAGGUUGUUAAUUCAGUUGUCAUGAACCAUGUUACUAUUGGAGAUGGUUGUUCAAUCCAAGGUUCUGUAAUCUGUAGCAAUGCACAGCUCCAAGAGCGAGCUGUGUUGAAAGAUUGCCAGGUUGGAGCAGGAUUUGUGGUUACUGCAGGCAGCGAGCACAAAGGAGAGUCUUUGGCUAGAAAAUAG